UCUCAACAAUCUGAACUGCAUAAUUUUGUCCCAAAAUACGAGAGCUUUUCGUUUUGGAUCUUGCUGAAAUUAUUGAAAAUGGUGAAAGUGGCGACCUUCUUCGGAAUGACCUUUGGCGCAUUUCUCUUCUGGCAAACAAUGGAUAAAGUCCACGUCUGGAUUGCCCUUCACCAGGACGAAAAGAAAGAGAGAAUGGAGAAAGAGAUCGAGAUAAGGAGAAUGAGAGAAGAGCUAUACCGAGAACAGAAAGAAAAGGACUCUCUCGCCUAAGCUGCUAGCGCAGCGGGUCGGUACUGCAAAACCUCUUCAAUGGCCUUUUCUUGUUUCUGUCUUUUUUUUUUGAAUUGUAACCGACAUGAUUUUGAUUCGCAUAAAGUAUGAAUCUUUUUCUCCAAACACAUGAUCGCCAUUGAUAUAUUUUUUUAGUUCAUGAAUAAUAGCAGUUAUUGGCGAUUGAUUGAUGCAUGUAUUGGCUGGAAAUUAUCGACCCAGAUCGGAUAUUAUGACCUUUUUUUACGAUUGAAGUUCAUGGGGUUUUUAUUCCUAUGCAUGUUUUCAAA